UGCACUCGCCUGUUAUCAACAGCAUCUCUUCUCAUGCAAGUACCAAUCUCCAUCCAAACAGAGAGUGCAUGCUCCUUUUCCAAACCAUACCUCUCAUCUUUAUAGCUGCUUGAACAACCAAACUAGCAUUUGGCACGUAUCCCAAACCCUGCCUAGGUCUCCUAGACAAAAUAUCACUAAUGAUAAUGAUCAGUAGUGUUCCCAGUGUAACACCUGCUCCAAGAGUGGGACAAGCACAGGGCUCUCAGGGUUAACAUGAUGAUGUGUGCCUCCCUGGACAUAAUUAUUUGAGCAUCUUUAGAAGACUGCCUUUGGGAAAUUGUAGCAGAUCAGGGGAGUGGACAUUUCAGCAUCUCUGCAGCAACUUUUCUUUCUGUGGAUUUCAUUGUGAGCUGCCUUUGUCGUCUGACACCACUGCUUUUGUCGUCUGACACCACUACUGUCUCAGGAAGAAAACAGCUUGUCCUCCCACAUCCCCUAAGAAGAGAAACAGGCAAGGGACACUCAGCAGGAUGCCUGCCAGUGCAUGGUGUAUGGUGCAGGCUCAGCUAAUGAGCAGGCUGGGCUGAGACCAGUUGUGGUCUUGGCAGAUCCAGUCCGAUAGCAUCAGAGAUCCUCUCCCACACUUGGAGAAAGGACUGCAGGCACUGGGACAGCAUGGGUCAAUCUGGCUAAGGGAUUAUAGGAAAACACAGGAGACCGUUCAUUCUGUUCCAGACACGCCCUGGAGACACCAGAAGUGGAUUAUUGCAGAGGGGCAACUUUGUACCUCCGGCACUAAACCCACUCCUAGGUCAGGAUGGCACCUGCAGAGUGGGCACUCUGUUUUCUCUGCCUCUUUCAAGUGACCUCUGGACUUUACUUUCUAAGAAAGGACUAUUAUGAAAAUGUAUAUGUGGAUCAACCGGCGGGCACACUACUUCUACAGGUCCAUGUGAUGAAGGACUCACCAUCGGAGAAACCUCACUUUAGACUCUGCCCAACAAUUAACUUCAGUAGAAGUUGGUUUCGGAUAGAUGAGCAUACAGGGAACCUCUACCUCAACCGGAGUCUUGACAGGAGCGACUAUGAAGUAUUCUCCCAAGGAAGUCAAUCAGCUAUUCAGAAGAUAACCCUGAAGGUGUCAACAAAGCCACAUCCAUUUUUGGAUAAGGACUGUAAUAAUGCACCCUUAACUUGGGUUCAUCUUAACUUUAUAAACCUUCCAUCUUCCAUCUGUUUCUCACUUAAACCAAAGGAUCUGUGCUUCAAUGACAAAGAUCUCUCAUUCCACAUAAAAGAAAACAAACCUCCUGGAAAAUUUUACAAAUUUCACCCCCGGCCUAUUGUUCAGUCCUGUCCAAAUGUCAGUGUGAGUUACAUGCUAAUUUCAGACCACAGCUACCCAUUCAGGUUCAAUCCUAAUACCUCUGAAGUGAGCCUUACGCACUCUGUGGACCGCGAGGAGAGGGAGAAUUAUGAUCUUGUGGCAAAAUGUUUGCUGAGGGAUGCAUCCUCAGAGGUGGAGGUAGAACAAUCUUUUCAGAUCAAAGUGGAUGAUGAAGAUGACACAGCCCCAUUCCUCCCGAAUGGAACAGACACUGCUCAUGUGGUGGUGGACUUCAAAAGAAAGAAUGGGACCGUCCUUGGCAUGCUGACUGUAUGGGAUGCUGACUCCACACCUGUGUAUCCUGCAGAUUUCAGUCGUAAAAAAUACACAAAGACCAUUGUCAGCAAAGACCGGUUCAUUCUGGAAAACUUCCGGGUGGAGCACAGCUUUAAGGAGGUGAAAUUCCAGCCAAAAGGCAACUUAAUCCGUGGAACACUUCAUGAAUACAGGUUAGUUCUGAACAAGAGUAUUCCUAUUAUCAGAAAUGGAUCUCUGCUUGUUAGUGUUCUGGUGAAUGACACUGAAUUUCAUGGACCAAAUGGAGAUGUUAUGUUGUACUUCAAUGUGACAAUCUUAUCGAUGGAAAUUAGAUUCCCAAACAUCUCAUACCAGUAUACUGUCAACCGAAAUGCAGACCGAUAUGCUCAGAUUGGAAAAAUCUGCAUAGAAAAUUGCAAGCUUGUUGAAGGCGUCAACAUUAACUACAGACUGCAAACAGAAAAUAACACUCAUGCCUUUGCCAUUAUUCAAGGAAGAGAGAGCACAUUUGCUACUCUUAUUGUCAAUGAUUCUGAUGCUCUGGCCACCCAUGAGAGUAAGGAAAUAGUCUGCACUGUAUUUGCCACAAACAAGCAUCUGAAGGAACCAGUCAGGACACAGAUCAUUAUAGUGUUAGAAGGAACACCUAUGAAAGAUGAAGAUAAUUGUCCCCAUUCAUGUUCUGAGAGCAGGCAAAAGUCUGAAUGUGAGGAGUGUGGGGGACUGGGCUCCCUUACUGGAAGGUGCCAGUGGAGACAGGGUCAUGGAGAAGGAAUCACAACAAACUAUUCUACCUGCACGCCUAGUCUUCUGACAUGCCCUGAUGGAAUCUGUGAUGCUGUGGAGAUGAAUGAUUCAGCAAUAUGUCCACAGGACUGCACUGAGAUAACUAUCAUUGGUGGGCAUGAAAAAGGACGUCUAAAAGGGAUAAAAGCUGGAUAUGGCACCUGUUUUUGCCUUCUGCCUGAUAAAUGCUUCUGUGAAAAGAAUAUUGUUGAAGGACAACUGUGUGAUGACACCUGCAAGACUGUGAUUGCAUGUGGGGUCUUUCUGUCCUUCAUAAUCUCUGUUCUACUCUCCUCAUACUUCAUUCAUCGAUACCAUAAAAACUCUCCAAAGCCCCCAAUUGCUUCUGCUGAAAUGACCUUCCGCCGCCCUGCCCAGUCUUAUCCAGUGAGUUACUCUUCAAACAAUGCCAGACGCCCAUCUCUAGACUCCAUGGAGAAUCAGAUGUCAGUGGAUACAUUUAAAAUACCGGAGGAUCCAAAGUGGGAGUUCCCACGUAAAAACCUGGUCUUGGGUAAGACGCUUGGUGAAGGAGAGUUUGGAAAAGUUGUAAAGGCAACUGCAUUUAGACUGAAGGGUAAAGCUGGCUACACUACAGUGGCAGUAAAAAUGCUGAAAGAGAGUGCAUCCCAGAGUGAGCUGCGAGAUCUUCUGUCAGAGUUCAAUCUCUUGAAACAGGUCAAUCAUCCUCAUGUCAUCAAACUUUAUGGGGCUUGUACACAGGAUGGUCCUUUGCAUCUCAUUGUAGAAUAUGCAAAGUAUGGAUCCCUACGCAGUUUUCUAAGGGAAAGUCGCAAAGUAGGGCCUAGCUCUUUGGGAGGAGAUUCAAAUCGUAACUCCAGCUACCUGGAUAACCCAGAUGAAAGGGCACUUACAAUGGGGGAUCUAAUUUCAUUUGCUUGGCAGAUAUCCAGGGGAAUGCAGUAUCUGGCAGAAAUGAAGCUUGUCCAUCGAGACUUGGCGGCCCGAAAUGUGUUGGUCGCAGAAGGACGCAAAAUGAAAAUAUCAGAUUUUGGUCUUUCCAGAGAUGUUUAUGAAGAAGAUUCCUAUGUAAAGAGAAGCAAGGGUAGAAUUCCUGUAAAAUGGAUGGCUAUAGAAUCCCUGUUUGAUCACAUCUAUACAACACAAAGUGACGUGUGGUCGUUUGGAGUGCUCCUGUGGGAGAUUGUUACCUUGGGAGGAAAUCCAUAUCCGGGUAUUGCUCCGGAGAGGCUCUUUAAUCUCCUAAAAACUGGAUAUAGAAUGGAAAAACCAGAGAACUGCAGUGAUGAAAUGUACAAUCUUAUGCUUAAGUGCUGGAAACAAGAGCCAGAAAAGAGACAAACAUUUGGCGAAAUCAGUAAGGAACUGGAGAAGAUGAUGGUGAAAAGCAGGGAUUAUUUGGACUUGGCUGCAUCCACUCCUGCUGACUCCUUACUGUAUGACGAUGGUCUUUCUGAAGAGGAGACCCCUCUGGUGGACUGCAAUAAUGCCCCACUUCCUCGAACUCUCCCUUCUACCUGGAUAGAAAACAAACUCUAUGGCAUGUCCUAUCCGAACUGGUCUGAAGAAAGCCCCGUUCCAAUCCCGAGAUUCGAUGCCAAUAAGUCUGUUUUUUCAAGAUAUGCCAAUGACUGUGUUUAUGCUAAUUGGAUGAUUCCACCCUCAACGGCAAAAUUUAUGGAGAAGUUUGAUAGCUAAAAUGCAUUUUUGUCCCCAGAAGGUAACAAUAAUGAUUGGGGGAGAAAUGAAAACACGCAAAGAAUGAAUGGAAAGUCCAUUGGCUGGUUCUUUGUGCCAGUGAAGUGGUUAAAUCAACGUUGCUUUUGUGUGUCAAUUUGCGCCAAUUUUUCUUGGCUUGAUCUAUCUCAAACUGCUGGAGGGGGCUGCCUCAACUUUCUUCAACAUACAAUAUGUUGCCACCCCUGCAGUAGUGGAAGGGGUCUGUCUAAUUUCUCUAAAGCAUAUCAAAUCUGUAAUCCAAAACUCAGUAAAAAACUUUUGUAUAUGCUGUUGUUGCACAAAUACUAUGUAUUCAGUACACUCUUGUACGUGUUGCUGUAAACAAAAAGUCUACUUUUUCCCUUUAAAUCAAGUGUUAAUUUAAAAUUUUAUUUUGAGAUGUA